AUGGAAAGGGCUGCCAAGGAUUUGAAGUUUGCAUUGGUGCUGAAAUUCCUCUUUGCAAGGCCGUCUAUUGACGUUCUUCGGAGGCAGAUUAUUCAAUCUUGGGGUUUAUCUGAGGUUCCAAUGAUUAGUUUUAUGGAUAACUAUCAUGUGUUGUUGCAUUUGGCAAAUGAAAAAGACUACGUUCAUGCGUGGGCAAGAGAAGGACGUUUGGUGGCUGGGUGUCAGUUUAGACUGUUUAACUGGUCCGUGAAUUUUGAUGUAAACAAGGAGCCAUCGAUUGUACCACAAUGGAUAUAUUUGCAAGGUUUGCCUUUACAGUUAUAUAGAUUGGAUUGUUUACAGAGUUUUGCAAACAGAUUUGGUAAAUUUUUGGGUACGGAUAAUGCCACUUUAUAUCGCACAAGAGCCACUGGUGCUAGAUUGUGUGUUGAGGUAGAUUUGCAAAAGGACCCUAUUGAGGGUUUUCCAUUGGUUGUAGGACAAAAACAGAGUUGGCAAAAGGUAAUAUAUGAGAAGAGGGGUUUCUAUUGUAAGAAAUGUUGUAGGCAAGGACAUACAAAAGUGGUUUGCCGUGUUGGAGUAAUGGUUAAAAGGAAGGAAGGGGUGAGGAAGGAGGGAGAAGGGUUAGUUUGGAAAGAAGUGGGUAGAAAAGAAAUUGAGGUAGUGGAAGAGGAGGGCCAGGUUUUGCGAAUUCAGGGGCAGGGGGAGGUGGAGACACCGAAUGAGGAGGUGCAAGGUUCAUUGAUUUUGAGUGAAAAAAAUAAAGAAGUAGUUACUGUGGUUAGUGAGGAAAAUAAUUUUAUAAGGGAGGAAGAAAAUUUGGGGUUGAAAAAUUCUGAAGAGGAAGUCGAAUGUGGUAAUGAACCUGGUUCAGGGUUUCUAAGUGUGCAGGUUGAGGUGGGAGGUUGUUCUAGAUUGGUUCAGGAAAAUGGAGAUGCUAAAAGUAUGGAAAGAGGGGAGGUUCUCAUGGAGGAUGUGAUGGAGAUGGAGGGGGAAGAGGAGGGUGAGGUGGAAAAAAUUAAUGAUGAGGUGUUAUCUGAGGGAGAUGUGGAGGUGGGUAUGGAUCAUCAAAAAGAUUACUGUUCAGAUCCAGCUUUUCAAGAUGUGGAGAGGUUAAGAAGGUGGACGGGGUAUUUGCAAUUUACAAAUUUUUGUGCUAAUGUGGUGGACGGUGGAAAGUUAUGGCUGUUCUGGAAAGAUGAGAUGCAGGUAGAUGUUGUGGGGAGUUCAAAUCAAUGCUUGACAAUCUUAUUAACAGAGCAUAGAAGCUCUUUGCUUCUUACCUUUGUUUAUGCUAAAUGUUCACCAAUUGAGAGGAGGGAGUUGUGGGAACAGAAUCAAGGAAUUUCCAGUUUUGAGGUACCGUGGAUAGUUAUGGGAGAUUUUAAUGUAAUUCGAUCGGAUGCUAAAAGGGUGGGAGGAAGACCUCGAUUGGGUUCCUCUAUGGCUGAUUUUAAUGGAUGUAUUGAUGGCUGCAGGUUGUUGGAGCUGAGAUUAGAAGGAGGAAAUUUUUCUUGGUGUAAUGGACACCAAGGUUUAGCGAGAUGUUGGGCAAAGCUGGAUAGGGUGCUGAUUAACAAUAUUUUUGCUGACAAAUACAGUGAAGCUAAGGCAUCCUUGUUGAAAAGAAAUACGUCAGAUCAUUCUCCGAUUCUUCUAAAACUGGUUGCAAAUAUGGAGAGGUAUGGUCCUGUGCCAUUUAGAUUUCAGAACAUGUGGACGUCACAUGUCGAUUUUUUGAAUGUGGUUGGUGGUUCCUGGAAUGAACAUAUAGUGGCUGAUUCAGAGUUGGAGGAAAGGGUGGAAAGAUAUGAGAUUUUACUUCAAGCUGAGUAUUCUGAAGCAGUUGAAAAGGAGUUUCUUAUUUCUAAGGCUGAAUUGGAGUUAUGGUAUAAAAGGGAAGAGAAAAGAUUAGCGCAGCAAGCUAAAAUAAAAUGGUUAUCUGAUGGUGACCAAAACUCCAAAUUCUUCCAUGCGGUGGUGGCACAAAGAAGACAGAACUCAUGUGUGAGAUCCAUGACGUUGCCUGAUGGGUCGAUAUUGGAAAAUAUGGAAAUGGUUCAUAAUAGUGCUGUUAAUUAUUUUGAACAGUUUUUAGGUCAGGAUAAUUCGGUGCAGAGGCCAAAUUUGAGUAGUAUUAUUCAGCCAGUGAUUUUUGAGGUUUCUAAAACAAAGCUGAAGGAGGAACCGACUAAGGAGGAGGUAUAUGAAGCUGUUUCUUCUAUUUCAGUGGACAGCAGUCCGGGCCCGGAUGGUUUUGGGUCAGCUUUCUAUAUUACCUGUUGGGAGAUUGUUAAAGAAGAUGUGAUGGCAGCGGUGCCUGAAUUCUUUAAAGGUGAGCUGUUGCCUCAGUUCUUUUGUUCUUCAUAUAUUGUUCUUAUUCCAAAGGUAAAGGAACCUCAAUUUUUUGAUUAG